AUGAGGCCCACACCAGACCAGACUAAGGAACAACAAAACCGUUUUCGGAAGUCAUUGGAGGGACUGUCAGUAGUUGAGAAAAUCACGGAUUUUUUGCAUGCUGUGUGCCGAGUGUCUAAUGGGCGGGGCUCUGCCAUCCUCGUGGGUCUCCCGCGUCAUCACCGGCAACAAUUAGUUUUCCUCAACAAUGGCCAUACGAAGAGCCGGCACGUUGGCGGACCCGAGGGACGAGAUGAACAGCGAGAAGCUGAGUGUAGCGGUGUACUGCUUACCACAUCAUUUGUCUUUCCUAACAGGGAUGAAGCACAAGGCUCGAGUGUAACAUUCUUGGAACAACCCGUCGUUGGGACAAGUGCACGGCAUGGUCGCCCGAUUUGGUCUGUACAAGCACCCGUGUGUGCUGACAAGGUAUUUUAUCAGCACGUGAACGCGAAUUUACCGAAGAAGCACAAUCCACAACCGCCGCCUCCGCCUCCGCGGGGGAUGUAUGGCACGCACGAUGCCGAAAGCAGAAACAACGGGCCCUAUACAUUUGCCGACAGUAACAUUUCCAGCACGUUUGGCUAUGAGGAAGACGGGGUGCUCGGUUUCACCUUCACGGUGUGCAAUAUGAAAUCGUUACACUGCCCUCGCCAGUCCGCUUUCUUUUCUCGCAGAUCUUCUCUAGCGGGUAAGCCGCAGCGUCCCCCUCCAUCGGGGGAUCCGUUCGAUUCUUUCACAGAUUUUCAGUCAUCCAACAACUCCACAUUCCAAGCAAAGAGUUCCGAAAGGGUUUAUAGCCCUCAUAGCUCCAUAUCGGAAAUGAGCGUCUGCGGGUCGUUUGGUGGAAACGCUAAUUGGCGGUCGUUGAAAGGAAUUAGUUCAAGGAGCCCUAUUAGGCCCCUUCCUCUCCCUCUCCUUCUGUCAAAUCUCCCACCAGUUCGGGUGGGGGACACACAUCUUAUUGUCGCGCACAUCAACGGCAAGGAGCGGCGCUCUGUUGUAGUGGUUGUCAAGAGUGUAGAGAGCGAGUAUUGUGAGUAUGAUUUCUUUGAUCUCGAAUGGGAAUACAGCAGCGGUGGCCCGAUUUUUGAUAUGCAGGGGAACUUUAUAGGGAUUCAACAUCAGGUUGGUUUUAGCGCCUACGGCAUAUUCACCACCGCCAUUGUUCGUGACCUUUUUAAGUCGAUGCGCCUCGGCAUAUGUCGCAUACCAAUUGGGGAUACAUCAAAUGACAUGGCAGAGCGAAGCGUGCACUCGGGAACAGGGGAGGAUGCGCUCAGUCAAUUGUUUCGUGUUGAAGGGGGGCAUUCCAACCUGAACGUUGGAGCUGGUGAUCAAAUAAUUCCCUUUGAAGACUUUCAGCGGUUGCACCUGCGUGACACAAUUAAGAAAACAAAGUUGUCAUCUGCUGGGGAUCCCCCCACGAGUGACGCAGUUUGGGAGGAAUUUCACACGGAUUUCAACAGCAUCGUGCUCAUGCUCCACGCCUUUGCACACGCGCCACAGAUAACAAAAACAGCGCUUAGGGAGAUGGCGAGCAAUGAAUACACAAAGUAUCUCCCGAACGCCGCUUCUAUGGGGGGAAUUGGGAUUCUUCUAGAAAUCAUUGAUGAAUACGCAAACGACGUGGAGAUCGUGUUGGCCGCCGUAAUUGUUCUCGCACGUGUGUCUCUCUACAAACUGAACCGCGAGACCAUAUACAGGUGCGACGGCAUUCUCACUUUACUUCACAUUAUGGAUGAAUAUUCUUAUUAUCCUUCUAUACAGCACUGGGGGUUUUGUUGCCUGCGUAACGUGAUGGAUGUCGAUUCAGUCGUUCGGGCAGAGGCCGUUGAGCUCUUUGCCCAGUGCGAUGGCAUUGAUCUCGCCACAGAGGUGAUCCGCUUGCAUAAAGAUGAGAGGCAUGUGAUGCGUCAGGCCUCUUUGGCACUCAGCUGUGUUGCACGUGAGCAUGCAAAGCACGCAGAAGCAAUGGUGGUGUGCGGCAUUGGCAGCACACUCGCUGAGGACAUGAGAAAUAAGGCGGAGGAUUCCUUCACAUUUUUUGGUUUAGUAUCGUUGCUGUACGAGCUGCUACACUGUAUUGCAAGCAGUAGUGGGGUGGUUCCUUCAUCUGACGACCCCUCGCGGUUGCUGCGUACUGGGAAACACGACUGGGAUUAUGAGAAUUCGCUUGAUUUAGGUGUCGUCACGCCACGCAGCUUCCUCGUGAGCGAAUCUGGAAAGUUGCUCCUACAAGAGCUAAAUGAAGGGCAUGUGCUUCAGUUACUCAGCGAUGUCAUGGAGAGUACUUCCCACGAGACGCUGUGCGGAGACUCUUUGAGGUUGAUGACCGAAUGCGCCGGUUCCGUUUUCAUAUUAUUGAUUCUAACUGGCUGUUGUGAAGAACCAAUUGUGAAGAGGUUGUAUGGGGCAUGUGAUCGUCUUGUGGUCAAAAAUCCAAGCGAGGCUGCGCUGGUCCGCAGGUCGAAAAACAUAAUGUGCUGGGUCGCUGCAUGUGCCCCGCUCUGUUGUAGUAAGGAAGAAAUCUGCCUUGUAUAG